GAGAGAGAGCGAGAGAGUAGCGUUACGAUGGCGGCCGACGGUGGCUGUUCUCCUCCUUCGUGUCCGCUCGCGCUCCCGUGCGCCUUCUCCCCGGCCCCGCGGCGGCAGUACCUGGCCGUGUGCGCUCGGGACGGUCGCCUGCGCAUCUGGGACUCAGACGGCGGCGGUAACCUGCGGCAGGAAUACGCGCCCUCCGCGCGGCUCAGCGCCGCCUGCAGCUGCGUGGCGUGGGGCCCGUGCCGAACGACCAAGGAGGGUCCUCAGAGGAAGAAAAGGAAAUCAGAGGCAGGACAGGCUGCACAGCAGUCGGAUCUGUUGGCACUGGGCACAGCUGCGGGCACGGUCCUCAUCUACAGCACAGUGAAGGGCGAUCUCCACUGCACACUGGAUGGAGGGCAUAAUGGAGGGGUUAACAGUGUCCAGUGGCACCCAGAAGAGUCACUUCUUUACAGCGGCUCAGACGACACGCACAUUGUUGAGUGGGACCUGCAGACGGGCAAAACGCGUUGUAAAUGGAAAGCAGACAGAGCAGCGGUGACCAGUCUGUGUGUGAGUCCAGAUGGGAAACUCCUGCUCUCCGCUGGAAUGACCAUCAAAAUGUGGGAUCUAGAGACCAAGGAAGUGUACAGAAAGUUCACAGGUCACUCCACCAUGGUAACGAUGCUGUGCUUUGCCACAAAUCGACCACCGGACAGCAACGGCCUCUACUUUGUGUCUGGAGCAGCUCACGACAGACUUCUCAGUGUGUGGCAGGUGCGAUCUGAUGGCAAAGACAAGAACUCUGUGGUAUCCUUCACCUUAACGGACGAACCCCAACACAUUGACUUACAGACAUCCAACAGCAAAGAUGAGGCGGUGAGGUUAGCAGUGGUGUGUAGGGAUGGGCAGCUUCACCUCUUUGAGCACUUUCUCAAUGGGCCAUGCAAAAAGCCCUUGUCUCCAGUGUGUUCGGUGCAGGUGUCAAGUGUUGGAGGAAAAGCGGAGGGCGACACACCUGUACCUGUGCCCCUGCUGGCUGCAUCUCUGUGUGCAGACAAACAGAACCUUGUUCUGGCUUAUGGAAACCAAUUACAGCCUGUCGUAGAGAAAAUGCCUAUAAAUACAACAGAGAGGCACAUGUGCCUGAUCCGAGACUUGCACACCACACUCUCGCUUUCUGUUGAUGCUGCUGUGUCCAAGGUGAAGACGCCUAUUGUAAAUGAACAGAAAAGCAAAGUUCUAAUACCGGGACUUCCUGGGCAUCAAGCACCAAUCAAAGCAGCUCCCAGUAAAUCAGAGAAGAGGAAGCAAGGGUCCAGCGCAACAGAGAUUUCUAUAGAGGAGCGGUUGGAGCAGAUCGAGUUAAGUGUAUCGAGGGGUAAAGGUGGGGAUAAGGCUGCUGCUUCCUCUCUACAGACGGACAGCUUUGCUGUGCUGUUGGUGCAGGGCCUGGAGAGCAAGGAUGAGAAAAUCCUUAAUAAAAUCUUCCAAACAAAGAAAGAAGCCUUGAUAAAGAAAACGGUUGCCCGGUUACCACCUACGGCUGUCUUGCCUCUAUUGGAAGAGCUAUCAAGAAGACUGCAAGGACAUCCAUUUGCGGCGAUACUUAUAGUCCAGUGGUUAAAGGCAGUUUUGACGCAGCACACGUCAUACUUAUCAUCGCUACCAGACCUGGUGUCUCAGUUAGGGAUGCUGUACCACAUGAUUGAGAGCCGGGUGAAGUUGUACCAUCAGCUGACGAGACUUCACGGCAAACUCUACCUGCUCAUGACUCAGGUGGCAGCAAGCAGCAGUGCUCCCAAAGCUGGUGACCUGGACCACACAGCCAAGCUUGUGUAUGAGGAAGAGUCUUCAGAAGAUGAAGACUCCGGAGCUGAAGGACUCCAUGACGAUGACUCUGAUGACUGGGAGGAAGAGGAGGAAAAGGACGGGGCAAUGGAGGUGACGGAAGAUGGGGAAAAUCAUGCAGACAAGGAUGAUGACGAUGACGAGGAUGACAUGAAAGAAGAGUCCAAAGUGAACGGUGAUUCGGACUUAGACCCUGAAAAUGAGAGUGAAGAGGAGUGAAAAACAAAUCAACAAAGGAAAUUGACAAAAAAAGGAUCCGGGAAGAUUUAUAUAUUUCAUUUUAUUUUUCUUGUUUUCAUUUUAUUGUAAAAUACAAGAAA